AUGGACCCUCUCCGCGAAGUAGUACAAAGCACCGGCCCCGAAGAGAUGAACUUCUGGCAACACCAUUUCGCAGUACAUCCCCACUAUGAUCCGCUCGCGGCUUGCCAUCGCGUCAUGCCAUGUCUGAACGUGGAGGAUCGCGAGCGAACAGCUCGGUUCUACAUCCACUACAUGCGACUUCCGGCCCCCCUUAUCCUCACCUGUGGAUCUGUGCGCAUCCUGUUCUCCGAGCGCUUCCCGCCCUUGACGGUGCCAGCGUCCGUGAUGAUUGGACUGUCACCUGUUGACCUCGAGCUAUACUACUACACGCUGUGCUUUGAGGGCAUAGUGCGGUUCCACGUACACAUGACGACCAGCGAGGUCAUGGGUAUGCGCAUGUUCAGCGUCUUCGACCCCGACAACAACCUCUUAACAUUCUUCAACCUCUUGCCGGGCCACACCCAAACAGGCAGACACUGUUGA